CUGACUUUUGAGUCGUUUUCUUGAUUCCAAAAACACUCCCCCACUCACAAUCAAUGGCUAGUGCAACCCAACCGAGUGCCUAUCAUAUCUGUGAUCUGAGAGUAUCCUAGACGCGCUGCAUGUGGGAAUUGGGGUUGUGGACUUAUGUAACGCAAUGGAAAGUACACUCUUUGCUCACAUUGUGUGAUUGCUCAAUGUUUUUGAUAUUCAUCCUGGGAGAAAAUGGUGAAGAACAUGAGCAGCACCACCACAAAGAGAUGCACUAGAUUCUUCAAAGUGUUCCUACCAGAGUACUGCUCCGAGAGAUUGCGUAUUCCAGAUGCUUUCAUCUCACAAUUAGACAGAUCUGUGCCUAAGAAGGCCAUACUCAGAAGUGGUAAUAGGAAAAUCUGGCAUGUGAAGGUGGGAAAAAUUAGUGAUGGUGUGUUUUUCCUAAGUGGUUGGCAGGAAUUUGUUAAAGAUAAUCUUAUAAAGCUAGGAGAUUUUUUGGUUUUCCAAUACAAUGGUCAUGAUGUGUUUGGUUUCAAAUUAUUUGGGAAUUCUGGGUGUGAGAAGGAAGAGAUUAAAACUCAUGUAAGCAUUAAUAAUAGAUUUGAAUACAUAAAGGAGGAGGAGGAAGCAGAGGAGACGGAAGAGGAAGAAAAUGAUAGUGACAAUGAUGAUGAUGAGGAUUAUGAGGAUGAAGUGAGAAACAAGAAGAAAAAGGCAAAAAAUAUCCGCAAGAAAAGGCCAUGGACUAAAUAUUGUGAUAGAGGACAGAAAAAGAUUGUUUGGAAAAUCAGUAGAGGUUUAGGAAAAUUGGUGCUGUGAAGAUUCAAUAUCAGUGUAAGAACACUGCUAGCUAUCAAAAAUUGAAGAUCAUGCAUGUGAAGCAAAACGAGGAGAAAGUUAGUAGUGAAGAUUCAAGGUCAAUGUGUGUAAAACUGAUAGGUGCAUCUUCGAAUUUAUACAGUAGGGCCAAUGUGGCCAUAUCAUACAGGUCCAUAUUAUCCAUAUGGGAUCAGGAACUAGACCAAACCGCAAGGCAAAGGAGAUGAGAAAAGCAAUGUAAAUGCUAGUCCCAAAGCAUGUAUGAAAUUGCAGUAGUUUCAAUUAGUUGAGCCUUGAAUUUUUGUUUAUUAUAUGUUUGCUAACAUAUGAAACGCAAUGUCUUUGUUGUGAACUUGAAUUUACAUUUUGCUUUAGGUUUCUGUGUGGUUAAGAUGGAGAAGACUGGGGAAUUCUAUACUGCCGUACCCAUAUUGGGUUGUUUUCUCAAA